AUGCAAGCACAGCCUGUGGCAGUAUCUCGUAGAGACACUGCGCAAAAAUCUCGGAAGCGUCCUCGAUCACAGCAAUCAGGAGAAAAAGAUUGCGUUCCGAGUACUUCCAUUUUAAACAAUUUCGAAGUCGUGGAAAACGUUCCGGGUGCAAAUUCUUCAUAUCUUUCUAGCGAUAUAUCUAUAGAGGAAAUGGCAGAUGAGGGCGAAUUAACAUCGCUUGAGCUAUUUGAGCAAGAGAGUACUAGCACAAUCCUCAACCAACGCAUAUUGAAAACCUCACAGAUUGAAGAAUCGAAUUCCACUAACAAUGAAAGCAACUUUGCGAGGACUCCAACGAUUGCGUCCACUGUGCUCUUGCAGGAUUUGACUUCGCAGGCCCCUCGUGCACUGGAAGUAAACUUGAAUGACGUAGAUGAGAAUAGUCUCAAUUUCACAACUCACCGAAGUUCAGUACGUAGAGGGCACCAAGAUUGCGAGGUUACACUACUUCCCAGUGAGAUCUCUUCGACUACAUGGGGAACUGUGAGCAGUCUACGAUUCAGAUGA